AUGAAUUUGGAAAAGAACAAGCUGGUGGAGAAAGAAAUUGAGCAUAUGCUAGCUGCUGGACCACACAGAAGUUCGUACAGACCCCGCUUUGUGACUGCCAGCCUUGAAGGAGAGGUUAGCCUUUUGUGUGGGUUUAGUGGCACCAAGACUGGAGAAGAGUUCCAGGUCAUCCUGUAUAAAGGGGUGCUGAACAAAAGCACAGAGGUCUGCACUGCUUUCUUCUCCAACCACACAAUGCAACCCUCAAAGAGAAAAGAUCAGUUCCACUGCCAGGUCUGGUUGAGCCCAAACAAUGUGACCAUAACCAUCAGGGACCUCAAUGUGUCCGACACAGACCGGUACGUUUGCAAUGUCUUAAAAACAUACCCACCACCUUUUCGCAAAUUCUCUGGACAAUGGGCUCUCAUCUACGUCAACCAGGAAGUCACCAGCUGUCCUCCAGAGGAAGAGAAUGGCUACUGGUUGCUGCUAACUGUGAUUCUCACCAUUCUCGUUAUGCUGCUCUUCCUAUACGGCAUAUCCAUGACGGUGGUGUACUGCAAGUACAAGGUUUGUCCUCCUUCACCUUGCCUGUCUGCCACAGGACCAAGUCCACAGUGGCCCGGCCCAGAUGGGAUUCCAAGUUGA